CAAUAAUAUUUGUAAAAAAAAAUAACUUCCUAUUUUGACAGACAAAAUAUAUUUAUAGCAAUUCAUCUUAAAAUAAAAAUGAUAACUAGAUAUCAGUUUUUCUUAUAAAAUAAUCCACUCUUGUUAUCUAGAAAUAUAUAUAAACGAUGUUAGGUGCUACACGCUUCGACUAUUCUAGGAGCCGCGUGCUUCUAAUCAUUCACAUAUUCGUAAUUUCAGUCAUGGUUGAAAUCAAAGGUAUAUCAUUGAUAGAUCAAUCAUUCGCGAUAAAACCGGUUGACACAUUAACUCGCCUUGGACAGGAUGUCUUACUACCAUGCGUGAUAAAUAACAGAGUCGGAAAAGUUCAAUGGACCAAAAAUGCAGUAGCUCUCGGUUCCAAUAGGGAAAUACCUCGUUUUCCGACUUACAGUAUGGUAGGGCGUGAAGAAGAUGGAAAUUUUUCUCUACUCGUCAAAAACGUUUCCUUAACCGAUGAAGCGAUUUACGAAUGCCAAGUUUUACCCGUCAAAAUGAUAAGUGAUACUGGGCUCAGGGCUAAAGCUAAAUUAAGCAUAGCAAUUUUACCAUUCAAAAAUCCCGAAAUAUCGGUUUACCGGAACAAGGAAAGCCAACCUUUCAUCAUACUCUCUUCGUCCUUCGAUGAUCGCUCAUCGAUGGUGACCAAAGCUGCCUUAAUGAUGCAUAUUAACGUUACCAAGGCCGACACCUUAAAUCUGAGAUGUUCUGUAUGGGGAGGAAAACCGUCUUCCCUUAUAACAUGGUUCAAGAAAAAUCAAAAGAAUCAUACAGUUAGGCUGAGAAAUGUAUCGGCGCAAUACCUGAAAUCCAACUACAACGUCGUAUACAACGAUAUAAGGGUGCACCCUACCAAUUUAGAUAACGGCUCUUCAUUCACGUGCAUCGUAAACCCUCCGGGGUUUCCCUUGGAUACCUACCCCCAUUUGAGUAUACAUCUCAAUGUGCUGAGUAAACCAACCCACGCGAAAAUAAUGAUUACCGAAAUAUCUAAUGUGACGAAUGACCGUCUUAUUAGAUCUGAAUUCGAUUAUAAUAACUACGAAAAUCGGGAAGAAUUGGAAUAUAUGAAAGAUGCCAAAUUUGUGGCCAAGGGUAAUAACGUUGUAUUAAAGUGUAUAGUUUUCGGGGGUAAUCCGAUGCCGUUGGUGAAUUGGUAUAAAAAUGGCGUAAAGCAGCUGCUUAACCACAAUACGCAAUUAAGGGAUAACGUAUGGGAAUCCAAUUAUUCCUUCGUAGCGUCUGAAAAAGAUGAUAACACAACGUACAGGUGCAUAGCUGCUAAUAAUUUGGAUCAAGGAAAAGUGGAAGCGCAAACUCGAAUAUAUGUGUCAUAUCCUCCAGAACACCUGACCCUUAAAAAAGUUGAGGGAGAUUUUAUGCGUAAUCAGAGUAGUUAUGUGAUGUGUUUAACAUCGGCAAAUAAUCCACCCCACAAAAUUCGCUGGCAUUCAAAUGCUUUAAAUUUUACCGUGGACAGCAAUUUGGAAAUCAUAAGAGAUGUAAGCAACGACGGAUUUAAUAUGCUAAAUCUAACCCAAUUUAACGACAAGUGGACGUAUUCCAUCUCCACACCUUACGUAUAUGCGAAAAAUUUGAAAUACGGAAAUGAAAUUAAUCCAUUUUCGGAUGACAAAGUUGGAUAUGGACACAUGACCUGGUCCAUCUUGAAAUUAGGACCCUUUGAUUUGAACGCAACUUUUUUUGACAUAUCCUGUAUUGCCAUAAAUCCGAUGAGUCAACAAAAUAUAUCCACCAUAAAGCUUUAUGAUAUCUUUGAUUUUCCAAAGGGAUUUGGGAUAAUGCUUAUAAAGCCCAGUUAUAACGCGUUGUCCAUACCAGAAAACCAAACUGCAGUACUAAAGUGCGCUAUUUAUGACGAUCUUAACGGCUCUGAUAUGUAUUGGAAGAUAAAAGAUAAAAUAAUUAAGGUUCCAAUCGAAUAUGACAAAAAGGGCAGGGCCAAUAUCAAAUACACGUUCAAAGCGAAAAGAAAUCAUAUGAAAAAUUCUAUCCAAUGUAUUUACAAGCACAAAUUUGCGGACAUAAAUACUCGCAUUUCUUACAGGCCCAACAUCACUUUUGAUGCAAACCAAAUCGAACUAUUACCAACAUUGGUCGAAGCCAAAGUUCACCAACUUAAAAAGUUUACGUGCCGAGUUUCCGAAAGUAAUCCAGAGCCGACACUUAUAUGGUUUUUAGAGAAUAAUCCUCUUCCUAACGUAUCCGUGAUUUCUACUCAAAUUAUUGAGGACAAAAAAUCAUUCGUAAAAAUUACCCUUUCUGUACUAGAAAUGGAGGUGGACCAAACACUUCACGAAAAGAUAGUCACUUGUCAAGCUAUAAGCAAAACGACAAAAAAUUCGAUAUAUGCAAGCGCCAAAAUAUUAAUCCUAACUCUUCCUUUGUUUAAACUGAAUAUGGCUGGAGCUCAGGUCGUAAAGUUAUAUGAAACUUCUAAUUUCUCGCAAGUCCUGAUAAGUAUUGACUCUUUCGGAUAUCCUCCUGAUAUCAAGAGUUUUGAAUGCUAUAAGGAAGAAAUAACCGGAAUACUAAAAAAUUCUAAUCUCAGCCUAUUCCUAGAUACCACAUCAAAGCAGCUUAAGUUAAACAAAGUGGAUUACACGGAUGUAGGAGCUUACAAAUGUUUGAUUUCCAAUUUAGCCGGAAACACGUGGGUAAAAUUGAAUUUGGAAUUGAUGAAACCAAUACGCAUCAGCACGUCUCAUACAGAGUUAGAAGUGGACAAUGGAGGCCUUGCCACCAUGAGAUGUUUAGUUUAUUAUCAUAAUCGUGGUUCAAUUGAUUCUUCAACCACUCCAAAUAAUAAUGAUUAUGAUGUACAAAUGAGACCUAACAUUACGAAAUGGGUUUACGAUGGAAAAACUCUCACCGAAGAUAAUGAUCCUAAUUUAAUUAUGUUCAAAGGCAAAGAUUUUAUGGAAUUGCAAAUUAAGCGAGUUAACCCUAAGACUGCCGGUAAAUAUGGAUGUAUAUUCGAAGACAAAUUUGGUCAGGUUUUGGCAAAUAUAAAACUCAAAAUCAAAUAUGCGCCCAUCUUUUCAUUGAAUAACAUUAAGAUUGUAGCUCCAGACCUAACCGAUUCAGUUAAUUUGAAUUGUCAGGCCUAUGGUUACCCCAAAGUCUUGGUAGAUUGGAUAUUAGAAGGUAAAAGAGUGACAACGAAUAACCGUAUUAAAGGUAUUUUAAUUACAAAUUCAUACUCCAUGGAAAACUUUACAGCUCUUAGCAAAAUUUCUCUAUCAAAGGUAUCAUCAAAAUACCUCAAUACUACUAUUCAAUGUGUAGCUUAUAAUGAUUUAGGAAGAGACUUUCAAAAUAUCUUUAUCGCGAAAAGAGGCAAACCAUACCCAGUCAGGAAGAUAAAUUUAACUAGAUUAUCACCAUAUUCCGUUAAUAUAAAAUGGGAGAAACCUUUUGACGGAGGUCUUCCUACCAAUUUUUCCGUUGGUGUCAGAAUGAUCGAAGAAUUGGACAACAUUCAAAACUCUAUACUUUCCCGCAAUUUAGUUCAAAGAUCUAAUCAUGACACCGGAGAUAAAGAUACACAUUUAUUUGAAUGGCAUAAUGUGUACUCAUCUGACAACAUUCAAACCUAUGAAAUUUUUAAUCUGAAACGUGACUUCAAAUAUGUGAUAUGCGUCAUGGGUACAAAUGAUAUAGGGACAUCGGGUUGUCAAAAUUCUUCCUCUAUGCUCUAUUUCCAAAAUAUUUAUGAUAAUGAUUUAGAUAGAAUCAAUCAGAGCUAUUAUAAUUCCACAACCAUGCUAAAGAGGGUGAAGAUAACUCCGUACACUAGAAGCACUGUCAACUUAUUUGCCAUCGAAGAUGUUUCCCAUUCUCUAGUUAUGAUUCUUAUAUGCGUAUUUGUGGCCGUUGUUCUUAUCUGUCACAUAAGCAUUAUUGUACAUUGCAGGCGUAAAAAAGGAGGGUUUUGCAAAGGCGUUUCUCAGUGUAGGAAUGCUCAAUGCAAGAGGAAGCAUAAUAGUCGUUAUGAUAACAUAAAUACCGAAAAUGGGUCGAAGUUUAUUUUGAACUACAAAAUCGACGAUGAUGAUGAUCUCUUCAGGGGCUCUAAGUCAUUAUUUAACGGCUCAAAAACUGAGGAUUGUUCUAAUCACCCUUUGAAUAAAGGAAUUCUUCAACACAACCCGGACAUGGUAAAUGAGGGUAUCACUAUUUCUAGUCCUAUAAAGCCGGGUGACCAACAAAUUAGUUACGAAACUAAAUCAGAGUUGAUAGAUUCGGAUAAUUUGUAUCAGCAACAAAACUAUGCCGAAAUUCUAAGACAAAAUGCUAAGAAAAUGAAUAAAAUCAACGAUUGUUACGACAAACUCAAUGUAAUAAAUCCGAUGCAGCAUAGUACAUCGACAUUUGAAUACCAAUCUCCGGCAUAUUGUGAUGAGAGGUUUUGCGAAUUGGAGAAUUUAAAACCGGUUAAUGCUACGAUUUCCGAUCUCAGGAGCUCUAUUGCUUUGAAAGAGUAUUAUUCGAAUGAUAGAAAUUUAUUAUGCCCAGACGAUAUAUCAAAAUAUUUUGCUAGGCCUAACUUUAUAGAAUGGAAACAGAAAUCACCUCAACUAUCACCUAAUAAUCUUUUCGAGCAAUACUCAAAUCUAUCGAGCGAUUCGGGAAAUGGAUCUAUUCCUUCCCCUUUAAUAUUGAAUAGUGAGGAACCAUUGAACGUGCGUCAAGGGCCUCCGCAGAUUGAUAAAAUAAAAAAUGAAAAUAAACUGAGCAUAACUACAGUCAUUCAUAAUUAUAUAGGAAGGAAACCUUCUCCGGCGAUGGGACAUUCAUUACGAGAACAAGAGAUUAUUAAGAAUGAAUCAUUGAAAGCUCAGAAAUUUCCUGUCGAAAACAACAUAUAUCAAAUGUCAUUAAAUAGCCAGGGUAAUGAGGAAAACUUUUAUCCCCCAGGCAAAUCGAGCAUAUUAACACCGGUUGGUUCCUCUCACUCAACUGGGAAAUGUUUUGGAAUAGAUUUAGAAAAUAAUAAUAAUACCGCGAAAUAUGAUAACAGUAGCAGCAAUGACAUUCUUCCCACAAAUUAUUAUCGGGGAAAUUGCGAGUUUGGAAAUAUGGAUACAUCAUUGAUACGCCUUCCUUUGAAGACCUUACAACCUCGAGGAUUUAAAGGUACGAAUGGAAAUAACUAUUUUUUUGCGGCAGAAUCCAAAAGGGACAAUAAUUAUAAGACACCCAGUGACGCGUUAAAAAAUUUCGAUUAUCCCAAAUACUCACGUGAUUCACCGAAUAAUUUUGAAUAUUCAUUUUUGCAGGAGGGAAUAGAGGGUUCUAUCAAGACUCUAAACUCUGGAAUCGAUAUAUAAUAU